AUGAACAAAGGAGAAUAUGAAGCAUUAUACAAGAGAUCUAUUGAAGACAAGGAAAGUUUUUGGGAAGAGCAGGCCAAGGCCUUCUUGAAAUGGGACAAAAUGUUUGAUAAGGUUUAUAACAAUAAUUUUGAGAGCUCCAGAUGGUUUGAGGGAGGGAUGCUAAAUGCGUGCUAUAAUUGUGUGGAUAGACACGCAGCUUGUAAUCCCGACAAAGUUGCAAUUAUUUAUGAUAGGAAUGACGGAGAGUCGAUUUGCUAUACAUUUAAAGAGGUGCUUGACGAGGUCAUAAGAAUUUCGGCUGUGCUUAAAGCAGAAGGCCUUAAAAAAGGAGACACUGUUGCUUUGUAUAUGGCAAUGUCUCCUUAUGCUGUGUUUUCUGCACUUGCAUGUGCAAGACUUGGCCUUGUUCAUAAUGCCAUUUUUGGAGGCUUUAGUGCAAGUAGCGUGGCUCUGCGGCUUGACGACUCAAACGCCAAGUUCUUGAUGGUCCAGGAUGUUGUUGAGAGACACAGCUCGACCAUAAACUUCCUUGGGAAUGUAAGGGAAGCCCUUAAGGGAAGAUCCAUUCCUGUUUUGGUUUUCAAUACUCUUCAGGAUGAAAAGAAGAUACUGGACGAACUGAACGGAGUUGAAGGUAAGAUUUUAAUCUGGUCAAAGGUCAUGAAGAGGGAAAACGAAUUUAUUCCCUGUGUGCCUGUCGGAGCCGAGGAUAGUCUUUUCUAUCUGUACACAAGUGGAAGUACAGGAAUUCCAAAGGGGAUUGUGCAUACGGUAGGAGGAUACCUAGUGUAUGCAGCUCUUACUUCCAAGACAUGUUUUGACCUUCGAAAAGAAGAUGUUUUUGCUUGCACAGCAGACAUAGGAUGGAUUACAGGCCAUACAUAUGUAAUUUAUGGCCCGCUGUUGAAUGGGGUCACAACAGUUGUGUUUGGGGGGACGCCGUUCUAUCCUUCGUACUUCAGACUUUUCAAAAUGGUUGAAAAACACAAGAUAACACAGCUGUAUACAGCUCCAACUGUAAUCAGGACAUUAAGGAAGUAUUUUUCGACGAAUCCGCUGGAUCAUGGGUGCGAUCUGUCUUCAUUACGAAUUCUUGGUUCUGUCGGAGAGCCUAUAAACAAGAAUGCUUACCUAUGGUUUAAGGAAAACUUUAACAAGUGCUCCAUUGUCGAUACUUAUUGGCAAACUGAAUCUGGAGGGAUUCUGAUUGCUCCUAUUCCAUAUGUUGUUGACGGAAAGCCUGAAUGUGCAUGCCUUCCAUUUUUGGGCCAGGAAGUUGUUAUUGCAGGCAAGGAUUCGAAAGAGGAUCAUGUUAUUGAAGCAAAACCUUAUGAGCUUGGGCGUGUUCUUUUAAGAAGAUCUUGGCCAGGAAUCGCUAGAGGAAUUCUAGGAGAUCUAGAGAGGUUCAAAAGAGUAUACUUCUUCUAUAAGGGGUUUUACUUUACUGGAGAUGAGGGAUACAAAGAUGCUGAUGGGCACGUAUGGAUAAGGGGAAGGGCAGACGAUGUGAUAAAUGUCUCGGGACAUCGGAUCAGCACAGCAGAGGUUGAGAGUGCAGCAUGCAUGGAUCCCUACAUAGCCGAGGCAGCAGCUGUUGCCGAAAACGAUGAAAUCACCGGCCAGGCGCUUUGUUUUUUCGUAGUUUUGAAGGAUAAGGAAACACCACAGGAUAAAGUAAAAGCGUCUCUGAAGGAAACUCUGCGAAACAAGGUCGGAAAGUUUGUUAAUCCCAAGGACGUUUACUUCUGCGAGGGGAUUCCUAAGACUGCGACUGGAAAGAUCAUGAGAAGGGUUUUGAAAAAUAUCUUGGCUGGAGACUCACUUGGAGAUAUGUCGACCUGCACCAAUGUAGAUGUUAUCGAGGGUUUGAAAGAUCUCGUCUCUCCAAAGGCAAAUUAA